GCCUACAUCCUACGGAACAGUAUAUUUGCGUAACUCCACACCGCUACACGACGAAAUGGCGUGGGGAACCAUUAUCGGCCUGUUUACACUUUACCACUUGAGCCUUGCGCACUACACCAAAUUUCCUGAAGGAUUCACAUUUGGUGUGGCAACAGCAUCUCAUCAAAUAGAAGGUGCUUGGAAUGUCAGCGGGAAAUCAGAAAAUGUUUGGGAUCGUUUAACCCACACUCGUCCCGAGAUGAUCGCUGACGGCACCAAUGGGGACAUUGCUUGUGAUUCUUAUAACCGUUACCUUGAAGAUGUGGAUGAAUUAGCUUACCUCGGAGUCGACUUUUACCGCUUCUCGCUAUCUUGGUCUCGGAUCCUACCAUCAGGUCGAGUCGAUUAUGUAAAUCCGGAUGGAAUUCGUUAUUACAACGCUCUCCUUGACGCUCUUGCGGAAAAAAACAUCGAACCACUGGUAACGUUAUUCCACUGGGAUUUACCUCAGUCACUUCAAGACCUUGGAGGUUGGGCGAACCCAAAAAUGGUUGAUUACUUCCGUGAUUACUCCGAUCUCUGCUUUAAACAGUUCGGUGACAGAAUCAAAUCAUGGAUCACCUUCAACGAACCCUAUGAAAUUUGUGAGGAUGCUUAUGGCGACGAGAAGAAAGCUCCGGCUAUUGAUAGUCACGGUGUGGGAAACUACUUAUGCAGUAACACCCUACUUAAGGCACACGCUGAGGUCUAUCACCUGUAUAACGAUACCUACAGACCAGUGCAAAACGGUAGGAUAAUGAUCUCGAUCAACUCCAUCUGGUAUGAACCCAGCGACCCAAGCAACGCCGAACAAGUCGCCUUAGCUGAAGUGGCAAAUCAAUUCAAAUUCGGAUGGUUCGCCCACCCGAUUUUCACGGAAGAAGGUGGAUACCCAGCGGUAAUGGUGGAGAACGUAGCCCAACAAAGCGCUGCCGAAGGUCUUCCUAAGCCACGCUUAGAACAAUUUGAUGAAUACUGGAUUCAGAGGAUCAAGGGAACUUCAGAUUUCCUUGGUAUAAACCAUUACACGACACAUUUAAUAACCGGCGCAGGAGUCGAUCCCAUCGCAAAAUCACCUUCUUGGCUCAAAGACAUCGGAGCCGUAACAACUAUGGCAGUCGGCGGUGACUCAGCGUCGGAAUGGCUUAGGGUGGUGCCAACUGGUUUCGGUAACCUACUCCGCUGGUGCAAGAGCUCAUACAACGAUCCACCGAUUUAUAUCACUGAGAACGGUUACUCAGACCGUGGUACUUUAGAGGAUUACGGACGUAUCAAAUACUUCAACGAUUACCUCACAGAAAUAUUGAAUGUUAUAUACGAAGACGGCGUUAAAGUUCUGGGAUACACGGCGUGGACAUUAAUGGAUAACUUUGAAUGGAGAGCUGGCUUCUCCGAACGCUUCGGCUUCUAUUACGUAGACAUCACCGACCCCAAUAGACCACGUACACCAAAGUUAUCUGUGGAAUAUUAUAAAAAAUUGAUUGCCAACCGCGAACUGCCUCAAGAUGACCGCUUCAAGGAUCCCUCGGUGAGGAGAUCGUAAGGCAUGCGGUGUUGGAUCCAAGGAAUCGAUAUUAUUUAUUAAAUAGAGUUAGUCAAUAAACAAUUUGUUUCCUUUUCUACAGCAAAUAUCCAAAACCGAAUUAUAAUCCAAAUGUGAAAUAAACUGAAUAAUGAAGAACCGAAAUGAAACAUAUGAUGGAUAUUGAAACAAAUAUUUAUUUAGUUCAUAUCAAAUUAUUUACAAUGAAAUUAUUGCAAAUUAAAAUUAAAUGACAUUUGUAAUUUCAUUGUUAUAACAUUGAUAAACGACGUGUUAUAUACACUACAUAGAAAACUUGCAUCUGCUGUCAGACUAAAAAGAUAUGUUUGUAAUUAAAGGCUAUCUU